AUGUACGACGCUAUUUCAACAUUGGAGUCGACACGAAACACGACUGAUGUAAAUAAAAUACCGAAGGUGAGUUACAAAAAUGAAAAUGAGAACGACACAGUGGCAUUAGAUAAUUAUACGAAAAAUAUUAUUAAAAAUCUCAGGAAACUAAAAGACUUAGCCCAAAAACUGAGUUCUAAAAAUCGAAGGAAAAGAUCAGCUAUGGGAGACGACGAUGUUAUAGAAUAUCUUUUAACAUUAAUGGACUAUAUAUUAAAGCAAAAUCGUCCUUUACAUGUUCCUCCAGUUAACGAUGGUAUCGAUUUGAUCAUAGAAGCAAUUAAAAGUGCUCCUGAUAUUAAAACUAUUAAAAAGAAAGUUCUCGACCUAGCUGAAACAACGGAACUCGACCUAUCUAAAACAACGGAAGGUUUUAAAAAAUCUAUAAGUCAAGAAAACGAUAAUAUAUCUAAUAUUACGCAAAUUCCUGCUCGUAAAUGUAUAACAUUUGAAUCAAUCGAAGAUACAAAGCUAAUGGUACAUAGUUCCUCAAAUAAUGAAAAAAAUAACCGAAAUUUUUCAAAAAAUAAUAAGAUAUUGACAACCCAGCCCCAUAAAAUAAUUUAUAAUGACAUAAAUUCAGAAGUGAACACAGAUGAAGAAAAAGUGAAAAUUGAAAAUAAAGGAAAAACGACGUUUGAAAUAUUUUUUGAUGAUGAUGAGGAUGAUAUUAUAGUAGAAAAUACAAGUAAAACUAAAAAUUUAGAGGGAGAAACUUCAACAACCACUGAGGCUAUAAAUACAGUUCUAACAAAAAUACGAAGCCCUACAGAUAAAAAAUCAGAAGAACUGAACACAGAUACCAAAACUAGUCUAGAUUGGGUAAAUGAGGCCUAUAAUAAUGAGAAGAGACAAAUAGUAGAGACGACUACAGAAAAAAUAAUAAAAGCUACACGAACGAUCAAACAAAAGGAUAAAUACGCAAAUGAUAUGAGCAGUAUUUCUGAAGAAAAUGUUGAAAAAAAUGAAAAGUUAAAAGAUAAUUCAGAUGAAGUAUACAAACGUCAAAUGAAUCUCUUCAAUACUUUGGACUAUGGGACAGAAAAAUCUAUUCUAGACUCGGAUUCAAGGGAAGUGAAAUAUAACGUCGAGACCUUCCCCUUGUACUUUACU